AACCCCUUGUCGUCUUCUGUCCACCAGAUGGCAGUACACGAAUGCUAGUUUGUUUACAUGUGCAUUUGACAUGUGGAUAUCAAAAUAAAUGGGAAGAACUCUAAGAAAUAGAAAACGAAUCGGGAAAAGGGUGGCACACUCUGCUUCUAGUGAUGAGCUUAUUGGCCUUUUUAAAUGGUUGAAAAUGAAAGUUAGGAACCAGAAAUUAAGACCCACAAUGUUUCAUGACACUGGUAGAGGAUUAAUGACAAAGAGGCCUAUAUAUCCAGGAGAUGUUAUCAUUGCUAUUCCCAAAUCAUUCCUUAUUACCAUGGAUACAGUAUUGAAAAGUGAAGUUGGGUUUUUAUUAAAAAGAUCCCAUUUGAAGUUAAAUCUACAACAAGCAAUGAGUAUUUUUCUCAUCACUGAAAGUGAAAAACAGGAAGAAUCAGUUUGGUGGAGGUACAUAAAAGUAUUACCAGAGACAUUUGACACUCCAGCUUUUUGGAAAUCUAGUGAUCUUUGUCUGUUAUCUAAAAAUGUGUACAAAAAGACAUUUGCUGCAUUGAACGAUUUGCAGACAUUUUAUGAUGAAAUCAUUUUAUUUUUGUCAAGUAGUAAAGAAGUCACGAUAACCUUUAAUGAAUUCAGAUGGGCGUGGUACUGUAUAAACUCUAGAUCGAUAUAUUAUGACUGUGACAGUUCUCCAUACAUCACUGAUACAAAUAAAAACAUAGCGCUUGCACCUUUCUUAGAUUUAUUAAACCACUCAACAACAGCAGAGGUUGAAGCUGCAUUUAAUAUGAAUAAUAAUUGCUUUGAAAUAAAAACCUAUAAUUCAUUUAGAAAAUAUGAUCAAGUAUUUAUAUCGUAUGGAGCACAUAGUAAUACACAUCUUUUAAUGGAGUAUGGAUUCAUUCUCCCUGAUAAUCCACAUGAUGUUUAUGAAAUAGAUUAUGAUGAAAUUGUAAAAGUAGCACAGAAUCUAAAUUUACAGUAUAUUGAUAAAAAGAAAAGAGUUAUAGAAGAGAAUGCCAUUAACAGAAAAUUAGUUUGUAGUAAGGAGGGUAUGUCAUGGAGUAUACAUGCUGUUUUAAAGAUAUUAGCGAUGGAUUUUACUGAAUUAAAGAGUUGGAAAUUAAUAUUUAAAGAUGAUACCAUAUCAGUAACAAACCAAAAAGCAGUUAAAAACAUGAGUCAGAUUAUUCUUCAACAAGAACUGCUUGAAAUAAGAAGUGUGUUUGUCAAGUUUCCAUCAAAGGACAAAAGCAGACUGACCCGACAUCAAAAUCUUGCACUGGAUUUGCUGACCAUUGAAGAAAAUAUUUUACAACAGUCAAUAAAGUUAUUACAAUAA